AUGACCAUAUGUACGCCUGCCGGUGAUAUCAAGGUGAACAGGAAAGUGAUCAACAAGUUGUUAGGGAUUCCGACUGGUGGGCAAAAGUUUAGUUCUAUUGGUAAGCUGCCGAUUCUCAGCGAGGCCAUCACGGAAUGGAGGGCGAGAUACCCGGGGCCAAUGGUGCCGCCGACAAAGAUGGUGAAAAUGAUUGAUGAUUCCGAUGGCGAAGACAGUUUUGAUUUCAGGAUGGAUUUCUUAAUGUGUUUUGUGGCAGUGCUGGUGGAUUGUCAUAAACAAAGUUGUUUACGGGAAGAAAUAUUGGAGUAUCUGGAUGAAGAGAUGGAUUUUGCAACAAUAGACUGGUGUGACCUUGUUGUGGAAAAGCUAAGAACUUGCAAGGAUACAUGGAAUCGGCAGGACCCACAGAGUUUCUUUGUUGGUCCUCUAGCGAUUCUGAUGUUGUUGUACGUUGAUAGCGUUGAGUGCACGGGUAUGGAGGUUGACAGUGCGGAGAGGUUGACGAUAUUACGACAGUUAAUAUACGUGACAAAGAAGAACAAAGUCAAAAUAGAGGGUAUGUUAGAUUCGCUGUUGGUGGAAAGCCCUGAAGACGAAGAAGUACAAGAGUUGAAGUCAACGUUUGAUAGUUUGUUUGAGAAGAAAGAUAGUGAAAGGGAGGAUAACGAUGAUGCGGUAGAUUUAGCGUCACACAAGAUCAAUUCGGUCUUGGACGAUUUGAGAAAUGAUGAAAAGAAUCACAUCAAUGAAGGAGAGAACGCUGGGGAUGGCAUCGAUGAUGAUCUUUCGGAUGGGUCACCAAUAAUGAGCUUGUACAGGAAGUCGCUUGUCCGCCAAAACAAAAAAAUAAGUAAAAGUAGGCUGAAAGCAGUAGGAUCUUCAGUGAUAGACUUCGAUGACCAAGAAGCUGAUGUUCAAAUGCAAUCAUUCGCAAAUGAUGGUGUUGAAGACCCUGAUGAACAGAUUGUAGAUGGUGGAAAGUCGGUUGAGGUGCGGAGAUCAGCACGACUUGAGAACUUAAAACAUGUAAGGGAAACAGAAGAAAUGUUUGUCACGCCAAAAAGGAGAAAGAGAAGUAUGCAGAUUGGUGGACAAGGCACGGAAAGUGACAAAGAAAGAGCAGAGUGUACCGGAGAGCUGGAAACAGUUAUGUCGCCGCGGGUAAGGAGGUCUCCCCGUCUGAAUCUGUUGAAGGGUGCUUCGGAAACAAAAGCCAGCUUUGUGACCCCGAGUUGCCAGAAGUCGAAAACAAAGAUUCUCCGUGGAGAAACGGAUGGUGGUGACGAGUCAGGGUUAAUCAAGACGAAGAAACAGUUGGAAGAGAUAGAACUGAGGGUUAGUGAACUUGGGAUAAAUACAACUGAAGUCGGGGAAGGUGAUAAGAGUGUUAAUGAUGCUGGUAAUUCAAGUCGCGAGGAAUGUAGUGUUGGUGGGGACGAAAAAAAUAAAGGCGCAGGAGGGGUGUAUGAAAAUGAUGCCGAAGAAGUGCAUAAACCGCUGGGUUUAAUGCGUGCAAUAAUGCGUAUUAAAGCAGGAGAAGUGCACGGGGCACAUGAUUACCGGGGUCCGGACUCGCAGUUUGUUACACGUGCUGAGCGUAGAGUGGAAACAGACAAUAAAGUGGCUGCGAAGCCCAAUGAUGAACAGAACACUAAUCUUAAAGCGGAUGACGUCAAAAAGGAUGAGAUUUACGAAGCAAGGUUUGUUUGUGAUCAAAGAAUGGACAAAAUGGUCGAGAUGGAGGACAAGGAUAGUAAACAUGAUGAACAGAGUGGGAAGGAAGAUCCUAAAAACGAGAUUGAAGUUAAGAACGCACCGUCAGAUGGAAGAAAGGAAGAGAGUGGUGGCAUGGUUUUUUCAGCUGCGGACGGGGCUGUUGAUGAUAAGGACAAACACGGUGUGCCGGAUGGCGAAGACAAUGGGGCUGUUGAUGAGACUGACCGUGUUUUAAACAGUGCAGAAGGUAAGACGGAGCAUGAUGGGAUGCGUGCGACUAUUAUAAACAUGCAAGGGUGCACUAGCGCGGUGGUUGAUUCAAUAGUUUCGGGCGACGGGAGUGAGAUGGCACAUGAUGUCGAUGCAAAAGGGAAAGCGGCUGAAGAGGUCCCUUUUGCAGAGAAUGACGACAAUGGGCCUGAGCCCGGUUUUGAUGAACGAAAUUUAGAUGGCCCGAAUUGGAGCCUUGGGAUGACACAAAUUGGGGCUCAAGUGGACGUGUCACACGAAAUUGGUUGCACAAGUGGGAAGAUGGAGGACAUCCCCCGGACAGAAACCAAACCUGUUGGCGAUGUGGAGGCUACCGCAGACUUGAGCAUGGUUAUAAUGGUAGACCCAGUUAGCUCCUAUGACCCGGCCAUUGCAAUCCACAAGGGUCAAACUGGGCUGGGAUCUUGUGGUAGUGAUAUGUAUGAGGUGGAGGACAAUAUUCCGCUUGCUAACCGUGUGCGCAUGUUGGCUGAGUUGGGGGCACAAAAAAGGAAACUCCCCUUCCGAGAGAAGGUGGUAGCGGAGCCAAACAGAUCACCUUACUAUAUAAGGACUGUUGACAUGGGCCAACCAAUUACAAAGAAGGAGACAAAUCUGUGGGACUACAUACACGCCGAUGAAAGCCCAAUGCACCUUUUAAGUGGAUUUUGUCGUAGGAAGCGGGCAAUGGAGGCAAACAUGAGGGAACAGGGUUCUUCGUCAGUGGCUGAUGUAGAUAGUCCGAUACAUAUGUCUGUGGAGUUGCUGUUCAGAAGCCCUACCCACGUACAAGCAUCUCGGUCUAUGUUCAAGAGUUUAAAUGUUGGCAAUGAGGUCUCGGAUGGCAUUAUUGACUGUUGGGCGGAGGUGCUGAACUUCCAGGAGAAAAGAAAAUCACGGGGGGCUUACAGUAGACAAUUUUUUGGGACUAAAGUUGUGUUUCCAUGGAUGCUGACAACUGACGAAGGCGGGGUAGAGGCGCGGAUGCACAAGUUUCGGCUUGGGAUAAAGGGUGCGGUCAACAGAGUUGAUUGCGUUCCUGAUUUCCGAAAUGAAGACAUUGUUUUCUUCCCUAUAUUGGAGCACAAACACUUUUACUUGGUAGUGUUUGAGUUACGCGACCCCGGGAUUUAUGUCAUUGAUAAUGACAAAGCCCGUCAAGGUCAGUUGAUAGAAGACAGCGUCUACUACCUACACAAGGACACAGCGUAUAAGAUUAAAGAUAUGUUUGUGCAAUAUCUGCGGGAGGUUGGGAAUCCACGAGCCGAUGACAUAGAGUACUGCAACAUCCAGCGUAUGCCGGUUCCUUGGGCAACAACCGCAAACACAACUGAUUGUGGGAUCUUCUUGAUGCGGCACAUGGAGUGCUAUAUGGGGAAAAACCAAAGUUUUAACUGUGGGUUCAGCACGAGUGGGGCGAGGAAGAUGGCGGAGGUGAGAAAGUUGAGAAAGAGGUAUGCGGCGCACAUAUUAUGUUCGGAGGUGAAUGUGCUGCUGCCAAAAAUCAAGGAAGAAUGCCGAAUAGAGUAACAUGUGUUAUGGUGGCUAACACAUGUUAUUGUAGAACAAUUAUGCCUUAAUUUCGCCGGAUAUGUUUUUUGGAAACAUGUAAUGAACUUUGAUGGAUUUGGGGAUUUUGCUUCAAACGUAAUGCGGGGGUAGGUGUUUUGUUGGGUAUGGCAUCGUCAGGAUGUCUUUUUGUGGAUGAACUAUAUAUAUUAAAUAUGAUGUUUAGUUAGUCGGUAAUUAUAAACUCUAGAAAAUAUUGAUGUGUUGUUAA